AUGGUUGAGGAAAAGCCCCUUCCCUUCCAGUACCAGUUCGCCGCCGGCGCCAUUGCCGGUGUCUCUGAGAUUCUGGUUAUGUACCCAUUGGACGUUGUCAAGACCCGAGUUCAAUUGCAAACUGGCGCCGUUACCGGUGACACCUACAAUGGCAUGGUCGACUGCUUCCGCAAGAUUAUCAAGAAUGAAGGCUUCUCCCGCCUGUAUCGCGGCAUCUCUGCCCCCAUCCUUAUGGAGGCGCCCAAGCGUGCCACCAAGUUCGCUGCCAACGACGAAUGGGGCAAGGUCUACCGCAAGAUGUUUGGUGUCAACCAGAUGAACCAGUCGCUCUCCAUCCUGACAGGUGCCACGGCCGGUGCCACCGAGUCCUUCGUCGUCGUUCCCUUUGAGCUUGUCAAGAUUCGUCUCCAGGACAAGGCCUCGGCCGGCAAGUACAAGGGCAUGGUCGACUGCGUCGUCAAGACAAUCCGCAACGAGGGCGUCCUCACCAUGUAUCAGGGUCUCGAGUCCACCAUGUGGCGUCACAUUCUCUGGAACGCCGGUUACUUUGGCUGCAUUUUCCAGGUCCGCCAGAUGCUUCCCCAGGCCGACACCAAGAGCGGCAAGAUGACCAACGACCUCAUCUCCGGUGCCGUUGGUGGUACUGUCGGUACCAUCCUCAACACUCCUCUGGACGUCGUCAAGAGCAGAAUUCAAAACACCCCCAAGGUGGCCGGUCAGAUCCCCAAGUACAACUGGGCCUUCCCCGGUGUGGCCACCGUCUUCAAGGAGGAGGGCUUCGGCGCUCUCUACAAGGGAUUCCUCCCCAAGGUUCUCCGUCUUGGUCCCGGAGGUGGUAUUCUCCUUGUUGUCUUCACCACCGUCAUGGAUACUUUCCGCCAGUGGCAAACUCGCCAGUGCCCUUCAGAGCUUUGA